UUACAUUUAGUUUUGUCUUUCAUCAUCGAUGGUUUCGUAGAUCAAACGUCUUCAAAGGGACAAAUAUACAAAUAUAACUUCACCUCCUGGGCACUGCUGAGGUGCCCUUGAGCAAGGCACCGUACCCCCCCAAUUGCUCAUAGGGCGCUUUUCCUGGGGGCUUCCCAUCACUCUACCAUCUCUCUCCAAAAUAUGCAUGUCUUUGAGCCCUGUGUGUGUGUGGGAUUGUGGGUUAAUGCAUGUAUUAAAUGAAAAACAUGAGUGUAAAAAGAAUUUCCCCUUGUGGGAUCAAUAAAGGAAGUUUAAGUUUUAAGAAUCAAACCGCUUGUGAUCACAAACCUCACAACAGACACAGUGUCCGCGUGUACACCUGUGUACGCUACGUGUAUAGUCACCAGGUGGGACUCCACGUUCACAGUCUCGAUCACACCUGAACAACAACAGAGGUGUGUCACCCCCCCCCACCUGAUCGGAGCCCCGCCCUCUACUGUCCACGAUGACGCAUGACAACAAUUUACCUGCCGGUCACGUGGGCGGAGGACUGAACUCUUUAUAACACUUUAAUAUUAGUAAAUAAUAAACAUGUCUGUGUUAAUCACUGACGGCCGCUGGAGCUCUUGAAGCCCGCAGACAUGUCAGGAUGUCGGCGUGCACCACCACCACCAUCACCGCCGCCGCCGCCACCACCACCGCCGCUGCUGCGGGUCGCUCCGUGCACUACCCCGGCGACCCGUGCGGCGAUGGCGAGGAAACCCCGUUGACGUUGCACUGCUUUUUCAUGCCGCCCAGCCUGCUGCAGGAAACAAAGGGUGUUAAAUGACUGAGUCCAUGCUUCCUGCUGCAAACCUACUCCUCACCUGUGUCCUUCCAUCAUCUCUCAGGUGUCAUGGAUGAUGAGGACGAUCGCCAUCUUCUGGAUAUUUUAGGAGAUGUGGAUGCAUUGAAUGACUAUCUCCAUGGCAACAACAGCAAGUCUAUUGAGGAGGAUGAUGUGACGAAUGCAGCUUAUGGAUCUGAUGGAUCCUUCUUUGCUGGUGACACAGCUGGCUCCAACACUGGCCUCAAGGAUGGCUCUUCCUCAAUGGGUGGGUUCGGCGCCGAUUCAGCCGGGGCAGGCCUCCAGCUCUCCAGCAGCCUUUCAUUCAUCGAGGAUGAAUUGGUGACCGGGAACUCCUCUGGCGGCGUGGACCUCGGGGGGGAGGACCAGCCCUUUGACAUCCUGCAGAAGUCCCUCCUGGAGGCGGACAUCACGGAGCACACACUAGCCCAGGAGGCCUUACUGGACUCCCAGCCCGCUCCCACUCUAGUGCAGGCGCCUGUUCCCUUCCAGUCCCAGCUGGUCUCUGGGGGUUAUGGAGGGGGAGUGGGUAUGGUUACCACGGCAACAGCUGCUUUCCCAACAGGUCAGUUCUUGCAGGGAGUGUCCCAGCUACCCAAUGGAUCCGCCCAGCACAUCCAGGUGUUGGGAUCCUUUGGGGGAAGUGGGGGGGUGAUGACUCUGAGCAGUUUGGAGAGAACUCCUCAGAUUGUGUUGAGGCCGGGGGCCCCUGUAGCUGCUUCAGGGGCCACAACAGGGGGGCAGGUGUUUGCCCCGACUCAAGGGCAAGUUGGCCUACCUUUCAAAAACAUCCCCCUUCAAAACAUCAUCAUCCAGAGAGGCCCCGGAGGGACCCAGACUCUUGUCAGACCUAUCCAACCUAAACCACUUCAAGCUGGGGCGCAGACCGUCUACAGCCUGGGUCUUCAGCCCACUUCCACCACCAUGGCUAAUGCUAACGCUGCUACUCCUGGGGGGCAAUACACAGCCAAUGGCUCCAUUGUAGUACAAACGCCCCUGGAGCAGCAACAAGCGCAGGCACAGACGAACUUACAACCUGGACAGUACUUGCUCCCCAGCUCUUUGGCCCUCACUCAGGGCAGCAACAUCCACAACGGCCCCACCGACCCCAACUCAAAUGCCCUAAUUACCAGUCAGAAUGCGGUGCAGAUAGUGGCAGGACAGAACUUCACCGCACCACAGAGGGGUCAGUUUAUUCUGAAUCAGGGAGUAGUCAACGCGGGUCAGGUUGGAGCGUGUGUGACCCAAACAUGGACAGGAGUAACUUGUUCGACCACAGGUCCUGUGCAGACAUCAUGUGCCCCUGGGCGUCUGACCCUGGUUGGCUCAGCGUCGGCUGGGGUCGUUGGUCAAGCCCAAGUGUCAGCAAGCCCAGUGCAGCGCCUCCUAGUCACUCAAACCCAGAACUGCACGUCCCUGUCCCCUUUACCUGGAGCAGUGACGCAGGACCAAGACUUCAGACAGAAUUCCUCAUCACCUGCCCUCAAACAGACACAGCCCAGUAACAUUCAUGUCAUGAGAACCAUGACGCAAGAUUCAACGCUUAACUCUCAGGUCAGCGCACAGAAGAGGCCUGCCCAUCCCCCACUUACAAGAGAAGGAAUGAUUUUACAGCGGCUGGGGAAGGAUCACGUCGGAGUUCAGACCCUAGAUCGACGUAAUUUCACUUCAAUCAGCGACGCGCUGCAAAGACUCCUCCCUUACCACGUGUUCCAGGGGGCGCCGCCCAGCCAGGAAGAGUUCUCACAGGUGGAUGAGGAAUUUGAGGUCGUAGCGACUCAGGUGCUGAAGAGGACCCAGGCCAUGGUGAACAAAUACAGACGACUGCUACUGGUGGAAGCUGAGCGCUCAAGUCCGUCAUCGGAGAUGGUGAUGAUUGACAGGACCUUCAACCAAGAGGAACGCAGCAACCUCACGCAAGACAAGCGCAUGGUACUAGUGGAUCCAGACAGCUUUUUGGAAGACUUCUGCUGUGGCAUGAAAUCCAAACUUUUCCAAGAACCGGCCCCUCCUCCGUCCAGCUGGAACCAGUCAGACAGUGGCUCCACGGAGCCGCCGUACAGGACAGACUCGCAGCCCGGCUUUGGAGAUCCGGGAGGGGGCGGGGCUGCAGGAGCUGGUGCGGCAGACAGACUCCCCCCUCUACACUUAGAAAACAAGAGCGUCCUUGAACUGAAGAGAUCCCAGCAGCGCUUUGUGCCCAGCGGCGGCAGCAGCAACAACAGCCUCGCCGCUGCCAACAGCUGUCCUGAAGGUAACACCUCGCCUUUGGCAGCAAAGUCAGGAGGACAGACGCACUACCAGGGUUCACACCAACUGUCCUCCCACCCGGUCCCGCCCCAGUUCCCCCCUCGGCUCACGUCACCCCCACACCCUGAAACGGACUCUGCUCUUGAGGCGGCGGUCAACAGCAUCUUGGAAUGUUAAGACUGAAGCUUCUUAUCAUCCCCAGUGAAUGAUUUUGUCUUUUUAUAUGUGUCUAUAUGUUUAUUUUUUUAUUUUUAAUCUCUCCUGUUGAAAUAUUUGUUAUCUGCCCCACAACAAAUCCCUGUGUGAAGAGAGGUCAACUCUUCUUUCAGGUUCCGGGUCUUUGUGACAUGAUCGGCCCUGUAGCAUUUGUUUAAUUUGUUUUUACAUUUCAUUUUUUUGUUUUGAAGCAUGACGACAUGAGGAGUGGAGGUGGAUACAGGCACUUAUAUAUAUAUAUACCUAUGAAGACCCGGGAGUGUGUGCAAUGCAAUGGACUAAGAGAAAAUGAUCUUUAUUUUCAAUUUACGGUAACUUGAAUAUAAAGCUGCUUUCAGACAUGAUCUCUUGAAACUCGAAGGUGCUGCAUGUGAGAGCGCAGAUGUCGGGGGUCAGUUUUUCCCUGUGAAAGGCAAAAUGUCCGGAGAACAUGUCUGGAAACAGUUCAGGAGUGUUCCUCUCUUCACACACAGACACACAUGCCAUAUAUAUAUUUAGUGCCAGCUGAUUACCCACAGUACCUAUGCUGAAAAAACCCAGGAUGUGGGGAAUGAUGACAGUGCCUAAUUUUAGGUUUUUCCUUUUUUUUUUUUUUAAGUGUUUACAUGAAGAAGUUGCAUUAAGAAUUCACUCGUUUCCUUCCUAUGUCACAAAAACACCCAAUGAACACGUGGUUCGGUAGAUUCUUUAAGGUUCGAUCAGCGGAGAAACGUUCACUUCGACAAAUUGCACUAAACGUACUGUUGCUUUUUUCAGGAACUGUAAGAACAUGAGUCGAUCUCCAGCGUGCGCUCAGCUAAACAGAAUGUGAACAGAACCAAAAUGAGUUUGCCUGCUUUCAGCUGCCUGCAACAAGGAUGACCUCUGACUCCCACUAGAAACCAGUCUGACAUGUUUUACUGUUCUCAAAAAUGCUUCUUUUCUUUUCUUUUCUUUUCAUUUCAUUUCUUUACUCCUUGUGCUUAAGUCACAUUUUCUUUGGCUUUUUUUUCUUUUGUACCUUAAAGGUAUGCAAGCCCCGACACAGACAAAUCUCCAUUUCAACCACCUCUAUCAUUUCACGGUGUAUUUUGUGUCAGGGGAGAUUAGUCCUCAGAUUGAGGAAGAUAUGUUACAUCCUGUUUAUCUUUUUUAUUUAGAUUUUUUUAUUUUCCUAAUUAUUAGAAAAUUUGACUGUUCUGCUCGUUGCAAUGAUUCUGACGCCGUCGUUAUGUUAAAUCACCUUGAAGUGUAAUGAUUGUAUGUUUGUCUGCCUUCUGCAUUUUAUUUUGUAUUGAUCAUAUCUAUGCUUGAAUACCAUGACAUCUCGAUCAGAUUUGUACGUUGAUCUGCAAACGUGCUCACUGAUCCGUCACUACAUUCUCAUGUAGUUUGAUUUCCACACCCCUGAUUUUAGGUGUUGGCUCACACCUCCUGGAUGUUUCUCUCACUCGCCAGUCUUUUGUUAACAUGCAUUUUCCCUCUCAGCAGAUCAACCAAAAUUUACCAGGAGAAAGUGUGGUCGUCCAGAAUCGUCCUCAGAUUUGUAUUUCUUUGUCCAGGAGUGAAACAACAUUAAUUCCCAUUAAUGUUGAGGAUUUUUUAGUUUUCAUUUAGUUAUUAGAGCCAAAACUUAACUGACUGUGAUAUUUCAUUCUGACUAAGAUUUAAUCCUAAACAAUGAUUUUUUUUGGAGCAACAAUCUUUUGUGUUAACGUCCACAGAAAUCGGUGCAAAGCAAGAAAAGGCGAUUUGUCUGCCAAACCCAACACAGGACCAAAGCUUAGGUUUAACCUACAGUGUUUUACUGCCCCUGGGGUUGAUUCUGGAUCACACCACCUUCCUCUUAUAACCUGUCUGUGAAAUAUGAUUGCCAGUAAGCUACACUGCAGACUGAAGGCCUUUUUAUACGGGGUGAUGAAGAACUCAUUUGUCAUCGUCUUCUUUUUGUGUCUGUGUGUGUUUGAGUGCCAGUGGCUGUUGCAGGAGUAGCUGCAAGAUGUUGUGCCUCUACAGCACGUAGUUUUAGACCUGCACAAAAUAGGGACGUGUCCAGCGACUGUCGGUGAAACAUUGUGUGACCUGGACACAUAUCAGUGUCCGAGGGCCCGGCAGGAACAUUACCGCGUCUUCUCCUCUAUUUUCAGUGGGGAUUUGUUUUUCUGCCUCCAUUUUCACUGUCGUUCUGUCUCACUUGAUUUGUGUAGUUUGUUGUUUUGUACAAAAAAUUGAAAAGUGGAACACAAAAUAUUUAUAAUUUUGUAUGGAGAAAAAUAAGAAUGUAAAGAAACAACACAUGAGAAAAUGGAAAUUAUUUUUUAUUGUGUUUGCCAAGAAGCAGCUUCAGAAAAAAAAUAAGAAAAUUACAAAAAUACUGUCAUUUCUUCAUUUGUAGCUCGUGUGUGUCCACUACAGCAGCGAGGGGAGUCAACAAUAAAUUCAUUUUGAAUACAA